AUGGUAAUUCCUUAUUUUCUCAUUCAGCUAUUUGGAAUAUUUUACAAGGUUCACUUGCCAAGGCUUAGCAGUCCUUGUUUAAAUAACGGGACUUGUCAAGUUGGUUUCACCAGCAGAGGAUUUCGAUGUUUCUGUGUUCACGGAUUUGUUGGAGAAAACUGCAGUGUGCUACCAAAAUCCUGCAGCCAUUUAAAAAAGCUCCAUCGUGGAGCAAAAAGUGGACUAUACUUGAUUGAUCCAGACAGUGAAGGUGAAUUGCUGCCUUAUAAGGUCAUGUGUGACAUGACUGACAAAAACGGAGUUGGCGUGACUGUCAUGAGUCACGACAGCGAAAACAGAACAUUGGUGAAAGGAUGCGAAGAUGCAGGCUGUUACUCGCGCAACAUUAACUAUACAGGAGCGAGCCUCUUUCAGCUUAAAAGUCUUACCGCUGUUUCCGUUCACUGCGAGCAGUUCAUUAAGUACGAGUGCCACCAUUCUAGAAUGGAGGGGUUCGCCUGGUGGGUAUCACGUGAUUCGAUGAACAUGACCUACUGGGGAGGUGCAAAACCGCGUGGUAAUAGAUUAAGGUGCGCAUGCAGGGUGAAAAAGACAUGUACAAGAGCAGGGUAUCGUUGCAACUGUGAUGCGAAUGAUCGACAAUGGCGUGAGGUCAGUGGUAUCCUCUCUGACAAGACCCAUCUGCCAGUCAAGCAGCUAAGGUUUGGCGAUACACGUCAAAAUUACGAGCGUGGCUACCAUACCUUAGGAAAGCUGAAGUGCUAUGGAACUACUUAA